AUGACGAAAAAUUAUUUCUGGAGCGAUGAAGAAAAUUGCCUUAUCUACAUAAAUGCAUACUUAAAUAAAGCUACAUAUUGUACAAAAGAAGGUUGGACUGGAUUUGAGCUCUACAUAUACGACGACGAUGGAAACAGACGUUGUGUAUACCCAUACGAUAAUAUGUACCAUUGUUUUCAUCAAGCAUUAAACGAAUACAUAGUCAGUAAGGGUCUCAUUCCUGCUGAGUAG